AAAACCCAUUCGGCUCCGAUCGAGGCGCGUAUAGAAAUCGAAGAUGGCCCGAGGGGGGUCGGGAACGAAUCUUCUUCUUCCUCGCCGGCAGUGAAACCCAUGAAGAUGCGCUUAGUGUGGUUUUGACCGCCGAUCUGGUACUCGGUGGGUGGUACUGCCUGGUGAUCCCGCGAUCAAGUGGAAUUUUUAGCCGCGCCGCCGAAAUGUUUUGGAUUAACCUGCUAAUCCUGCUCGCGUCGCUGACGGCAGUCCGCGCCGCCUCCGACAACGAUAUCACGGAGACACCGCCUCCUGCUACCGCCAAACUGGACUCCACCCUACGGAAGGCUCUGCUGAAAGCGUUAACGGAGUUAGAAAACGAGCAGGAGUCGAAUUCGGACGUGGAAAAAGCCCAGGCGACGUCGUUCACCGUUCUCGCUAAAGAGGAACCGGCAUCGCGAAACUCGACCGACGACGAUGAGCCCGCCACCUCCUCCACGCUGAUAUUCCAGAAAAGCGACAGCCUGCCCGCCACGAGCGUCACCACCUUGGAACAUCAAGAGCUGGACCCGGUCAAGGACGCGGAACGCAUAAUCACUAGCGCCACGAGCGGAUUUACCGCGAAACUAGACGACACGCCCAUCAGCCACAACUCGAUAGUCGACGACGAACCGGAAACGACGACCGCCGCAGCGACGACGACAUCGACCGAAGAGAACGAGGCCAAAGUGGAACAGGUGCAGCUGUUCUCCGCCCCAUUGGUGGCGGCUUUCACGGUACACCAAGACGAGCGGGGCGAGCCGGAGAGGGUGGAACCCAUAUUUAAGACCGAGAAGCCGAAGGAAGAAGCGGCCAAAGAACUGCGCGAUAAACAGUUCGCCAUCGAGGAGGAAAUCCAACGAUUGCGAUUGCAGCAGCUCCGUUUCAAACAGCAGCUGUUACAGCGGGAGCAGCUGAGGUUCGAACCGGUGUUUAGCGAGCCCACGAGGAGCGUCGUGGGACAGUUCGUCGUCGAUGAGCAGAAAUCCGGUCGUCAGGGCGUCGCCAUAGACAUGUUCACCGCGAACGAAGCCAAACCUAACCCUACGAUAAGCGUGAAUCGCUCUAGUACGAACGCGACCAAAAUUGGUGCCAUUAGUUUACAACCCAGCAUCAGUUUCGAUCCUUUGGUCGACGCCGGGAAACUGCCAGUGAAUGGGCAACUAUUGCCCGUUAAAGAGGCCGUUAACUUCCAUUCCCCUUUUGUCAAGGACUCCGCCUACAAGCACUUAGGUGUCGCCCAUCAAGGGGCUCGCAUAAUUCAGGCUCAACAGCUUUCCGGGACGAACUUCUUCAACCCCUCUGCCUUCGGCAACGUCCAAACACAGAGUCAAACGUUGCCGUCGUUACAGCCACAGCUGCCGACUCAACAGCCCUCGCAUCAACUGACACGUCAGCAGCCUCAAUUAACUUUCCAGUCGACUCAGCAAGUUCAAACGUCACCACUGCAAUUUCAGUCGGGUUUUCAGCAGGCACAGCAGUCGCCUCAGACAGCUUUUCAGCCCGUACAGCUAGCUUUCCAUUCGCUCCAACAAAAUCCGAUUUCUCCUCAGAAAUCACAAGUGGAGUUUCAGUCUGGCCAAUCAUUCCAGCGACAGCCUCAGUUAGCAUUUCAGUCAGGCCAGAGACCUGAACACGCCCAUGUAUUACCUCAACCAGUAUUUCAGACCGUCCAGCCGACUCAACAGCCUCAGCCAGCUUUCCAGUCGGUUCAGCCGUUUGGGCAAGCUCAGCUGCAACCUCAGUCAGCUUUUCAACCUUUCCAACACACCCAGUCAUUCCCACAGCAGUCCCAAGUGACUUUGGGCUUCGAUCAAUCUUCGCGACAGACUCAGCCUCCUCAGCAACAGGUCCAAUCGUUUCCCACGAGCAACUAUAACAACUUGCUGACGGCGCAGCAGCAGAACAGAUUCCACCGCCAAGAGUCCGGCACCGGCAACUUCGGAAGAGGCUUCUCGAUACAGCAGUCCUCGCAGCCUUUUCCCUCGAGACACGAGAUCGGUUUCUUUUUGACCGACUCAUCGAGGUACAAUCAAAAUUCAGCGUUCUUGGGACCCCAGCAUCAACAAAACAACCGGUUUUUCCGGUCCAAUUUGGAGUCGCCUCAAACUGUGGCUCGCGGAUAUUUUCCCCAGCAAAGGGUUAACCACCAACUAAACAACCUACUAGUGAACUCAGGGUUCGGCGGAAGAUCGAACGAAGACCUAAACAUCGUGGCCAAGGUGUUGUCAUUGAACCACGCACGGAGCGACAUCUACAGAAAUGUACCGCUUGUGAAAUAACGCAAGGAGCGAGGUUUUUUGAGAAUAGACUGUGGCGAACGAAGAAGAUGGCUCUCAGGUUUAUUAUGCUAGGGGCGGGCCCGGAUUGGGGUGCCGAAUGUGCCUUCGAAAAUCGUACCUUACUAAUUAUAUUGCCAUUAGUGUGUAUAGCGUUAUUUAUAUAAUGUAGCCUAUUAUUUAUAUGUUAAUACGAUUAUUGUUUAU